UAAAGUCUUUUCCAUCAUGGUGGGGACAUAGUUGACCCUGCAGCUGACACCCACAUGCGGUCCGCGGACCCCACUUUGGGAACCAUCGCCCUCGAAAGCAUCCCACUCUGUUUUUUGGGAGAAGCCGCCCACGUGACGGGGGGAAAGCAGAAGCCAGCACACCGCUGCUGUUCGUUUGACAGCUUCCACGGCGCCGGACGGAGAAGCAAGCGGGGCAGAGAGACACGCAGGAAGACACGCUCGUCGAGGGAAGGCAAAGAUAAGACAACAAAAAAAUCGUUUGCAACACAAGAACCCCGCAGACUCCUCCACACCGACACGGCUGGCGCGCGCACCAUGGACGGUUAUGCCCGGACCGAAGAUGAGCUGUUCUCCUCGUGCCUCCUGAACCUCACCUGGGAGAAUUGCUACGAGCAGUGUGCUGCCUUGGUUGGUGAAGACCAGCCCCUCUGCCCAGACCUCCCUGAACUUGACCUCUCAGAGCUGGAUGUCAGUGACUUAGAUGCAGACAGCUUCCUGGGUGGCCUCAAAUGGUACAGUGACCAAUCAGAGAUUAUUUCCACCCAGUAUGGCAACGAUGCAUCCAGUCUUUUUGAGAAGAUAGAUGAAGAAAAUGAGGCCAACUUGCUGGCAGUGCUUACAGAGACCCUGGACAGCAUCCCGGUGGAUGAGGACGGAUUGCCUUCGUUUGAGGCCCUGGCAGAUGGGGACGUGACCAAUGCCAGUGACCGGAGCUGUCCCUCCUCCCCUGACGGCUCACCGCGCACCCCAGAGCCUGAGGAGCCUUCCCUGCUGAUGAAGCUCCUUCUGGCACCCGCAAACUCCCAGCUCAGCUAUAAUCAAUACACAGGUGGCAAGGCACAGAACCAUGCAGCCAGCAGCAACCACCGGAUCAGACCACCACCUGCCGUCGUCAAGACGGCGAGCCCCUGGAAUGGCAAAGCAAGAGGGGGCUCCAGCCAACAGAACCGCCCGGUGAGGCGACCUUGCACAGAGCUGCUGAAAUACCUAACAGCCACUGAUGACAUCCUGCUCCACACCAAAGCCAGUGAAGCCAAGAGCGCCUGGGGGGGUGCCAGUAGCAGGGACAAGAGUGGCCUGGGUCUUGGUGCCUCCUCCUCUUCCUCUUCGCCAUCCUCGUCAUCCACCUCCUCGUUCUCCUCCCUCUCCUCCACCUCCUCUUCCUCUUCUUCCACCACCUCCAAGAAGAAGUCAUCUGUGCCAUCUCAGCAACAACAACAACAACAACAACAACAACAUCAGCAGCAGCAGCAGCCGCCGCAGCAGCAUCACCAGCGAGGUGAGAGCCGGGCUGCAGGCGAGUGUAGUGUGGCUGGUGUUGGGGCUGGGAAGUGGCAGCGUUGCACUCACGAUGACGGGGUUGAGGAGUCGGAGGGUGCUUCUAUCCCUGUCGGCCACAGAACCUCCACCUGCGGCCAUGCCCGCCCCAAACUGGAGCACGGGCCGCCCAGUGAAGAAGGAAGGCCGCCAGGCGAUGUGGGCCGCCUGGCCGCCGCUAGGUUUAUUAGGUAUAUGCAUUCUUAUUCCCUCCCUCCCCGAGAGGUGAGUCACAGCUGUGAGCAUUGCCGAGAGGCUGCGGGCGCCACUCAGGCUAGUGAGGGCUUUGGCAGGCAAGGCCGUAGAAACAGUAGUGGUGCCGGCCAUGCACCACAUAGGCACAUCACAGUGACUAUUAGGAAAAGAGAUGAGAAGCCGGGGCACCCCUUACUUAGUCAGCUGCUCACCUCCAAACAGAGGCCCGCUCAGUAUCGAGCCCAUCUACUCCCACCUAAGAUCACCCCCUUACCCAGCACUCAGAGCAAAUCAGCAGGUAGGAGGUCUGAGAGCCCAGCACAGGCUCCCUCAAAGGUGGAUGAGGAAGAGUUGGGAGGGACUACUGAUUGUAGAAUCCGGGGAGCAAGUCAGCUUGAAGAGCCUGACGCAGGGUCCCUGUUGUCACCUCUCGCCUUAGACCUAGAGAGCUGGGUUAACCAGCCAGAUUCAGGGCUAGACAUGGGCUUUGGACUAGACCUUGGGUGGCUAAACCAGGGGGUCUAUGGGGAGGAUGUUGACCAUGAUGAUGAUGAUGAUGAUGAUGAUGGUGUUGAUGAUGAUGAUGAUGAUGACCAUGUCACGGGCAGCCCCACAGCGGUGCUCUCACAGGGCCCACUCUUCCCAGAUACUAGAAUUGCAGAGCCCGCCCCUCCCUGCAUCAUACAAGGGCAAGGGCACCCACACAGGCAGGCACUCAGCGAGCACCCCGACGACCAGGGCCUCCCAUUGUUAGCCAAACCAACCACCUUGCCACUUCCUUUGACCCCAGAGUCUCCAAAUGACCACAAGGGAUCACCGUUUGAGAACAAAACCAUUGAACGCACAUUAAGUGUGGAGAUUGCUGGAACCCCAGGUCUGACACCACCUACCACGCCCCCACACAAAGCCAGUCAAGAGAAUCCUUUCAAAGCAUCGCUCAAAACCAAGUUGUCUUCAUGUUCCUCAUCGGCCUUGGCAUGCAAAAGAGCCAGGCUGAGCGAAUUGGGCCCCGGCGCUCUGGCCCCGGUCCCAGGUGCCUCAGGCGGGGGCCCCACCAGGAAGGGUCCCGAACAGACUGAGCUUUAUGCCCAGCUGAGCAAAGCGUCCACCGCUCUACCUUACUCCGUCACCCAACACACUGUCGGGGGCGGCCUUGAGGAGCAUCCCAGCACUAGCAACAAUAAGCGGGCGGCGCCCCGCAGCUACAGUGACCAUGACUAUUGCCAAGCUAGCGCAAAGAAGGACGGCAGCACAGCCACUGUUACCAUGACUACAGCAGCGGAAAUGACAGCCACCUCAGGUGCCACCGCUGCUCCCGUGCCUACUGCAGGCAAAGCGGAGGACAGGCAUGUCGAAUGUAAGGACUCAGCCAUGCCACCAUCCUCUUCAUCUUCAUCUUCUUGUUCUCCAUCAUCAGCUUCAUCUGGUCCUUUGGCUAAGCAGCAAAAUGUUGCCUCUGUGAAUGGAGAAGCAGCCCGGGUCCAGGAGUUAGGGAAGCAGACCCUUACACAAACCACCCAGAUCCCCUCACAAGAGGCCAACACUGACUGGGACCAACAACACUCUUCUGCCAUCAGCCGGAAGCUCCUGUGUGACCAGGAAAUCAGAGCAGAACUCAACAAGCACUUUGGCCACCCCUUACAUGCUCUUUAUAGCCAGGGUGGCCAGGAGAGAGAACCAGGCAGCAAACCAAGUAAGGCUGCAGCCCCAAAGUCCCUUGAGGAGGGGGAGAAUGGCUACUACCCCCAGAGGCUGGCUGGCUCCAGCUACCUGCACCCAGGGUUCCUGCCCUUCCAGGAUGAGCUCGAGCUGGGUGAGGGCCGUGAGAGUCGCUUCCUCUAUCCGUGGGAGGGCACCCCUCUGGACCUACUCUUUGACUGCCCCCCCUGCUCUCCCUCCUGUUCCCCACCAUCCAGCUGCUCCCCUUCACGAGGCUCCGUCUCCCCACCUUCCUCCCUCCUCCUCUCGCCCAGCAGGCCGUUCUGCUGGACCAGCAGCGGAUCCCGCUCCCGUUCUCGCUCCCACUCCGGCUCCCGCAGCUCCUCCUCGCACUACCGGAGGCGCUCCCUCUCCAGCUCACCUGACAGACGCCCCUCGUCCUGGUCUCGUCACAACACAGAUUCAAGCACCUUUCGUUCCAGGACUCAGAAGAGCCCCCACACUCAGUCUCGAUCUCCUCUCAGCCGCAGGCCAAGGUAUGACAGCUACGAGGAGUACCAGCAUGAGAGGCUGAAGAGGGAGGAGUACCGCCGGGACUACGAGAAGCGGGAGUUCGAAAGGGCCGAGCAGAGAGAGAGGCAAAGGCAAAAAGCAAUAGAGGAGAGACGGGUGGUGUACGUGGGGCGACUGAGGUCCGACUGCACCCGGACAGAGUUGAAGCGCCGCUUUGAAGUCUUUGGCGAAAUUGAAGAAUGUGCAGUGAACCUGAGGGACGAUGGGGACAAUUUUGGCUUCAUCACGUACCGCUACACUUGUGACGCCUUUGCCGCCCUUGAGAACGGACACACCUUACGCAGGUCAAACGAGCCUCAGUUCGAGCUGUGCUUUGGCGGACAAAAGCAGUUCUGCAAAUCACAUUACACAGACUUGGACUCCCAUUCGGACGACUUCGAUCCAGCCUCCACAAAAAGCAAGUAUGACUCCAUGGAUUUUGACAGCUUGCUGAGGGAGGCCCAGCGCAGCCUGAGAAGGUAACCAGUGCAGUGGCACCUGCUGUCUGUCACAAAGAGGGACUUCUGAUACCUCACUGUUGUUUCUCGCUCCUUUGACGACGAGACUACCAGAAGUUUUACACUCUAUGUCAUAGAGUAUAUAUGAAUAAGUCUAUAGACCUAUAUCAAUAUAAAUGAAUAUAUCAAAAAUAAAGUUUACAUGAACAUAGCUGCUGAAGAGCUGGGAAGAGACAUUGCAUUCUGGGAAAGCCAGUGAACCCUCAGAACCUGGUGCACAGGUUUGGUGCACUCUACUGCUGUACAACCAUCAGUGAAAGAAGAAAAAAAAAAACUUUCAUGUUUUUUUUUUCUCCAAGCACUACAAUGCCCACAAUUCUUUGGGGGUGAAAACAUGCAGCUUGUUCAGCCAGAUUUGUUUUCUUUUGCUGUUGAUUUUUUUUUCUUUUCUUUUUAAAGAAUCUGGUGUUUGGAUCUAGUGUUACAUUACAAACAAGAGUAUAGGGAACUGUAUCUUGGAGGUAAACUUCUCAAGGUAACAUUGUUGUCUACAUUUUAAGGAGAAAUGUAGCCGUGUAUUUACAAAUACUAUAAAAAGGAAUAUUUUUAUUUUAUGUACAUAUCGGAUAAAGUUCUUUAUUUGUUACAGCUAUGCACUGUAAAACGCAGCCUUUUUUAAAAAUGAGGAGAAAAAUUUCUUAAUUCAGAAUGUCGAUCUGUAGUAAUUACAAUACUGUAAAACAUAUUGUACACCUACAUGAUGUUUAGAAGACAUGACAUGAUUGUAAAAAAAAAAAAAGAAAAAAAGAUGUGUCCAAUUGCUCAUUUUGAGGGAGCAUGUGAACAAACGUCCUUUUUUAAGUUAUUUUGUUGGAGAAAAAAACAGUCAACCAUGUAUAGUUUUCUCUGUUUAUAAAGUUUCUCAAUCAGUGUUUUUGCUUAUACAACCAGUGUAAAAUGCAUUUUUAACGUGUUUUUCAUGAUUGUAAAAAAAAAAAGGUACCCCAUUUUUUAUUAAUUAUUUCUGAAGCAAUCAACAUAUAUAUAUACAUAUAUUUAUGUAUGUGUAUAUAUAUAAUAUAUAAAUAACUUGGGUUUGAUUUCAUUGCUUUGUAUGGUUCUCCUUUUGAUUACCGUCAAUGAAAGAGCAUUCAGAUCUUUUUAAUCAGUACAAACACAUAUUUAUCUAUUUAUUUUAAUAUUUGAAUCAAGAAUAUUUAUGGGCUCCAUUUUACAUGGCGUACCUCAUUGGAAAUUUAUUUGCUGUUUAUGUUUGUCCUUCGAUUUGUGUUAUUUAACUUCCAAUCACUAGACAGGGUGUACAAUAAAUGCUUUGGUGGGGAUAA